AUGAAGAUCUCACUACUUCUCUUACUCAUUUUCUCGUUUCUUUUAUCAUUUUCCUCCGCCGAGCAAUGUGGUCGACAAGCUGGAGGUGCACUCUGCCCCAACGGCCUAUGCUGCAGCGAGUACGGAUGGUGCGGUAGUACUGAACCUUACUGUAAGCUGCCUGGCUGCCAAAGCCAAUGCACUCCUCCUAGUCCUCCUCCUCCUCUUGCUCCUCCUCUUCCUGAUCCCACCGGCGGUCUAACUGAUAUCAUUUCAAGAUCUCAGUUCGAUGAAAUGCUUAAACAUAGGAACGAUGACGCUUGUCCCGCUAGAGGUUUCUACACUUACAAUUCAUUUAUCAUCGCCGCUAAAACUUUCCCCAGCUUCGCCAACACCGGAGACACUGACGCAAGGAAGAGAGAGCUCGCUGCCUUCUUUGGUCAGACGUCCCACGAAACCACAGCACCAGACGGACCAUAUGCAUGGGGCUACUGUUUCGAUGAAGAGGUGAAUCCUUCUUCAGACUACUGUUCACCGAGUCCCACGUGGCCAUGCACACCUGGCAAACGUUACUACGGAAGAGGACCAAUGCAGCUGUCGUGGAACUACAACUACGGACAAUGUGGAGCAGUCCUUGGUUUCGACUUACUCAACAACCCUGACCUUGUCACCAGAAACUCAGUGCUGACUUUCGAAACCGCAAUUUGGUUCUGGAUGACUCCUCAGUCUCCUAAACCGUCGUGCCACGCUGUUAUAAACGGUCAAUGGCAGCCUUCAGAGGCCGACAUUGCUGCCGGGAGAUUACCUGGUUACGGUGUCACCACGAAUAUCAUAAACGGUGGGUUGGAAUGUGGACAUGGCCCAGAUGCAAGAGUCCUUGAUAGGAUUGGGUUUUAUCUGAGGUACUGUGAGAUCCUUGGAGUGAGUCCUGGAGAUAACCUUGAUUGUUACAACCAAAGGUCAUUUGCUUCUGUUAACUCCUUCCUCAAUGCUGCUAUGUAA